CAACCACCGGUUCAUUAAUUAGAAACAGGUAAAUAUAUAAAAGUGAUAAUCAACCAAUUUUGAUCACAACUACUGGCUUAAGUAGACAACGCAUACACUGAUUGUGUUUUCCUUUCAAAGAGGAUAGUGUUAUUAUAACGCAUGUUGCAUAAAACAUUUAUCUCGUGUUUGGAUAUAUAAAUUGACUAAUCACACAUAUUAAUCAAAUAGAAAUAUAUACAUAUCCCAAUUUUCUAAAUCAAAACGUGAACAAGUGAACUAUGAAACUGCACAAUGGUGUUUCAUCCUUCUGGAUUAUUCAACACGUGCAUAUGAGAAGUGUUCUGUUCACUUUGUUUACUAUUAGCCAAGUAUAUGCAAAAUUCGAAACUGGGCAUCCUUUACCAUUCUUCCAAAGAAAUAGAAAUGAAAAAUGUGUUAUUUACGAAGAGCCGAAGAGUUGUGAAAAAGUGGCUAACACAAACAAUCCAUUGUAUACGCAUUUUGGUAUAUUCACUGAAAUAUUAGACGAUCAAAUGAAACCUAUCAGUGUUCAAGACUUCGAAAUGGUUCCAAUUAAUGAAAGAUUUGAGUAUUUUACACGGAGAAGUUGUGACUUUAUCAUGUCAAGAAUUACAACAGAACAGACGCCGUAUUAUGAAAGACCUUCUUGUACUGUGGCUGAUUUUAUCCCAUCAGAUGCAAAUACUGUUUUUGCUGUGCAUGAUAUAGUUUAUAAUUCAAUUAGAGCGACACAACUUUCUGAAAAUUUAUUACUGGAUACAUUUAUACAAAAUAGUAGAUUUUAUAAUCUAAGUUUCAAUUUACAAAAGUUUAACUUUAGAAUUGUUUCCAAUACAAUGAAACGAGUAUGCAGUGACUGUCAAAAUGUUUGUCCGCCACAUUCUCAUUGUGUCGACAUUAUGAAUGGUAUCAAAUGCGUGUGUAAUUUUGGAUGGCAAUAUGUAGGGGGUUACAGCCGGUCAGAACACUGUCGCCUACAUCCCACCGUUUUGUCUCUUUUGAUCAUCGGAUCAAUAUUACUUAUCGCAUUCGCUGUUUUAACAACAUACUUAAUGUUUAGAGUUAAACAUAGAUUCGUUAUAACAACUAAUCUAAAGAGAAUCUCUUUUGAUGAUUAUGGUGAUGGUGAGGCAAACCUACACAUACACAGAUAUAAUAAGAAUUAUAAUCGUAAUUCGUGAUAAUACGAAACAUGAAAAAAAAAGAAAGCCCUUAAAUAAUAAAUAAAAUUCCCUUCUGCAUAUAGUUUACCAAGAGAUUUUUUUAUAUUUUUUGUAUGUACGUAGUAUACUACAUAGUUAUUGCUUAUAUAUAUAUAUGAGAAAACAGAACAAAAGAAAAUAUUCCACUGCUGAAAUGUAUUAUACACUCAUAUUUUAUUGUAAAAUGUUAAUGUACCAACUCGAAUGAGUAUUUGAUUAAAACUGAUGAAGACAUUAUUCUUCUCCUCAGUUACAUAAUCCACUAUCAUAUUUCAAAAUAAAAAAAAGAGAGGAAAACGACAACAAAUACAACUUUAAAAAAGAAAAAAUGUAAUU